UGAUCACACAUACAAACUUAUCUGUACCCGAUUCUAUCCAUAAUCAUCUCUCCAGACAUCGCAAUGUCACCAAAGUACCAAACCAUUUACUCCACCGGGAUUCACCACGGUCUCCCGACUUUCCCUGACCACGAUGGCAAGAAAUACACUGCCAUAGUGACAGGUGCAAAUGGUAUAUCCGGAUCUGAAAUCGUCAAUGCCCUGGUCGCUGCACCUGAAAGAUGGGAGACAAUCUAUGCCAUGUCUCGUCGCCCACCUCGUGCUGUGAGCGAUCGUGUCAAGACUAUUGCAGCAGACUUCAAAGAUAGCACACCGGAGCAGUUAGCCAAGCUGUUCAAAAGUGAAGGAGUGAAAGCAGACUACAUCUUCUUUACAUCCUACAUCCAGCCACCAACGCAAGAAGGAGAGGGGCUGUGGGCAAAUCACGACGAGCUGGAGACUGUGAACGUUACGCUUUUGUCAAACUUUCUCGAAGCCCUCACAAUUUCCAGCAUAAUCCCCAAGCGCUUUCUCCUCCAAACAGGAGGCAAGCACUAUGCAGUUCACCUUGGACCUACAGCCAUCCCAAUGACAGAGGAUACACCCGAUCGUCGUGUGCCGCAUCCUAACUUCUAUUUCCCUCAAGAAGAUAUCCUUUCCGAUUGGUGUGAAAAACAUUCUACACAUUGGACCGUCACCCGCCCCGGAUUCAUCAUCGGCGCCAAUCCUACAGCACCAAUCAACAUCUCCUACGGCCUUGCCAUCUAUGCCUCUGUCCAAAAAGAGCUUGGCAAGAGAUUAGGGUUCCCAGCUGAUAUUGGAGCCUGGGAUAUCAACAAAGAUCUCAGCACUGCAUCACUCAUUGGAUAUUUUUCUGAGUGGGCAGUGUUGACUGAAGAGGCAAGGAAUCAAGCCUUUAAUGUUGUUGAUGACUCGCCAUUCUCGUAUGGUAAAUUCUGGCCUGAACUGGCUGGAUGGUAUGGCAUUGAGUAUGAUCUUCCAGAACAGGAUGAAGCGAAGUAUAAUCUAGUGAGAAUGCCAAGAAAUCCACCACCACGAGGCUUUGGUACACCUGGUGUCUUGAAAGUGAAGUUUAGUUUCGAGGAGUGGGCGAGAAGUGAAAGUAUCAAGGAAACUUGGGAGAAGAUUCAAGAGAGGGAGGGGUUGACGAAGGAAUUAAAUCCGUGGAAGGAUAAGGAGACCUUGUUCAACGUUUUUGCGACUUUGGAUGCAGAGUUGUUGGGUGGUUGGGCUAGAACGCAAACGAUGGACAAGGCAAAGAAGAUGGGAUGGCACGGACACGUUCAAACGAAUGAGGGAAUGAAAUUGACAAUUGAGAAGAUGAUUGAGAUGAAGAUGGUACCAGCAGUUUGA